AUGGCUUUCGGAUUUUGUCAAGACACAAAAGGCAAAGUUUCGCCGGAUGGCACAUGUGCAGGAUCCACUGGAUACACAUGCGCUGGCUCGACUUUCGGGUCAUGCUGCAGUGAAUACCACUUUUGUGGAAGCACUUCCGACCACUGCCAGAAGGAGACAUGUCUACCUGGUUUCGGCGAUUGCGGCAUAAAUUCGAACCAUUCGAGUUCUUCCAACCAGACCAUCCACGAUAAGACUCCCACUCACUUACCAACAACCCAUGGUAAUGAUGAGAAGAACCAUGUUAAGUCUCGCGCCGCUGGUAUGGCUUGUCCGAACUCCAACAACACCGUACACAAGACACAUUCUGGAGCGGAAUUUCAGGUCGAGUGUGGUAUUGACCACGUCGGUGGCGAUAUCUCGUGGUCUGGGAAUGGCUUCAUUACAAAAUGCCUCGAGGAAUGCAUAGACGCAUGCGCGCGUUGGCCGGGCUGUGUCGACGUUUCUUGGGUUGAUCAAUAUCGACCCGGUGGCGCAUGUUACCUCAAGGACCGUAUCGGCGACAAGACCGAUGCCGGACACGUUGCUGGGGCAAGACUGGUCAAGAAGUGUGACGGAGACUGCCCUAUUACAACUCCGGCUCUCAACAAGCCUCCUUUCGCAGCACCCAUUUCGACUGGCUUCAUCUCUGUAUCCAAGAGCUCAUCUCCCACUGGAGUCGCAUUGGUAUUGAAGGACUCUAUUGCCUCAGGUCCUACGCAGUCCAUUUCGCAAAGCACGGCCGUGCACCCAGCACCAACUGCGCUCUCACAGGCGGACUCAAACCUUGCUCCUACCAUCAUCACACCAACGCUGAUCGCAAGCUCGGCUAACGCUACUGCUUCAUCGCUUGUUUCUGCUACUGCAUCGGCAUCUGCCUGUGCGCACUCAUUUACUAAGCGUGCCGAUAACGCUGUGUUCAAGCGCCAAGAAAUCGACCCCGACUGUGUACCUUGCGAGGGACAAAGUGGAGCCUUGCCCUACUGUGGCGCCGAUCACACAACUGAUAACUACAAGUUCACGCCAAAGACAUGCCGAACUGUCUACUACAACUUCGACGUCACCAACACCACGCUUGCUCCAGAUGGCAUUCCUCGCAUCGUGUUGGCUGUGAAUGGUCAGGUUCCCGGACCACUCCUUGAGGCUAACUGGGGUGACAAUGUUGUCGUCACUGUCAACAAUAAGCUGCAGGAUAACGGAACGAGCAUUCAUUUUCAUGGAAUUCGACAAAUCAAUAACGCUGCCCAUGAUGGAGUUCCGGCUAUUACGCAGUGUCCCAUCGCUCCGGGCGACUCUUUCACUUACAAAUGGACUGCAACUAACUACGGAACGUCAUGGUACCAUUCACAUUAUGCUAUCCAAGCAUGGGAGGGUGUUGCAGGCCCUAUGGUUAUCCAUGGUCCUACAUCCGCAUCAUGGGACGUUGAUGCAGGUACCAUUAUGCUCCAGGACUGGGCACAUCAAACUGUCGACUCCAUGUAUUCCAUGGAGCAGGACGCAAUCAACGGCGGACCUCGUACCAUGGACAAUGGUCUUAUCAACGGCAUGAACACUUGGGGUGUUGAAGGUACGCGCAACCAGACAGGUAAACGGUUUGAGCUUGACACCAAGUUUGAGGCUGGCAAGACAUACUUGCUCCGUAUCAUCAAUUCCGCAAUGCAGGGAACCAUGAAGUUUCACAUCGAUAACCACGAACUCGAGGUCAUCAAUAUGGACUUUACCAACAUCGUGCCAUACAAGACCAACAUCCUCAACAUCAAUAUCGGACAGCGAUACAUGGUACUGGUGAAAGCGAACCAAGAGCCUGGCAACUACUGGAUGCGCGCCGAUAACCAAGAAUCCAACGACGUCAAAGGUAUCAUACGCUACACAGGAGUCACGAAAAGCGACGUUGCCCCAUCAUCAACAGCGUACGAGUAUAUCGGAGAGUGCGUCGACGAGCCACUUGCCUCGCUCGUCCCAACUGCUCAUGUAAACGCCUUCAGCAAAGACAAGAGCUUCACCCAAGACAUUAGCGUAGGCGCCAACUCCGACAACCUGUUCAAGUGGUAUCUUAGCGGCGACUCCUUCUACUCUAAGUAUGAAGACCCGACACUUGUGCGUGUUCUGGCGAACAACACCGCGCCGACAUACUCAGGCAACUUGAUCCUCGACCUGCCAAAGAUGGGCGAGUGGAUCUACAUCAUCGUCGAGUCUGCGAUACCGCUGAACCAUCCCAUCCAUCUUCACGGCCACGACUUUUUGAUUCUCGGCACCGGCUCGGGCACGUAUACCGACCAGCCUUUGAACUUGCAGAACCCGCCACGCAGAGACACGGCCAAUAUGCCAGCGGCGGGGUGGUUGGUCAUUGCUUUCGAGACGGACAACCCUGGUGCAUGGUUAAUGCAUUGCCACAUCGGAUGGCACACUAGCAUGGGCUUCGCGCUGCAGAUUCUUGAAGGUCAGAGCAUGAUCAAGGAUACAGUAAAGGAUACGUGCGAGAUGUACGGUACAUGUGCGAACUGGAAUAAGUGGGUGGCGAGUCGAGGCUUCAAGCAGCACGACUCUGGCGUUUGA